GUUCAAUUGUAAGCUGAAGUCCUGAACACGAGAUGACCCUCGUAACUCAGCAAAGGCUAAACCCAAUGUGCUGAAUCCGGCUUGAUAACCGAGUCGGCUCCGAUUAACGCUGCAGAUGCAUCGCCCCAUUCGGGUCCACUCUGUCAUCUACCCCCGCCGGGUCUACCUUAUCUCCAACACAACUUCUCAAAGUUCCAUUAUCUCCCAGACUCCAACGCAGCCUCCAGCAUAUGAUCAAAGUAAGGCCACGAUAAAGUUAGAGCGACCAAACUCAACUUCAAGCCCUGAUCACAUUCCUACAUUUUGUUGCUUCAUCGCAAGACACCAUGCCUGGUCUCGCAGUCUCGCCGGAAAACCUCCCGGUCCCUGGUCGGGACACAUAUUAUUGGCUCGGCGAAAUCAACAAGGCCAGCGCCGUCAUCAACUCAUCAGAAGGUCUCUUGGAACAAGAUGCAGCCCGUCGCAUUAGUCGUGGACUCCAGAAACUCUUAGACUCCGGCGACGAGCCCGACGCGCCGCGCCCUAGCCUUGUCAUCACCUUCGAGCCUCUCCUAAUCGAAGUUGCUGGGGUUGAAGCAACUCUACUGCACGCCGGCCGUUCGAGUCAAGAUAUGCUUGCCACAGUCUCGACUGCGAUCCUUCGCGAUGCAGUCCUUAAGCUAGCUUCCCAACUUCACGCGACAACAAGUCGUCUGCUCGAGAUGGCGGAAACGCAUGCCUCGACACCGGUUCCGAACUACACAAACGGUGUUGCAGCUCAGCCCAACUCAUACGGUCACUAUUUGUUAGGCCAUAUUGCAGGCCUUCGUCGCGACGGGGAGAGAUUGCUGCAAUUCUUUGCCCGCUUGGACCGAUGUCCGAUGGGCACGACCGUGCUCAAUGGCACAAGUUGGCCUCUGAACCGGGAACGCAUGGCCAAGUAUCUCGGCUUUGCGCAAGUUGUCGACAAUGCCUACGAUGCCGCGCAAAUCUCCAUGGCCGAAAUGCCAGUUGAGCUCGGAGGCAUCGCCUCUCAGAUUGCUCUUCAUACCGGUGCCUACAUCCAGGACGUCAUGAAUCAGUACGCCCAGCCAAAACCCUGGAUCCUUCUUCAAGAGGGAGGUGAGAACACGUAUGUCUCGAGUGCUAUGCCGCAGAAGAGAAAUCCUGGCCUACUGAAUCACACCCGCGCCGAUGCUUCCCACAUUGUGACUUUGGGGGUUGGUCGUGCCAUACAAGGACAUAAUCUCCCGCCUGGAUACGGCGACGCAAAGGACCUAAAUCACAAUCUGGCUAUUAUCAACAGCACCACGAAGGUUCUCGCACAAUGGCAACGCAUUCUCAACGCACUUGUCAUUGAUGGCAAACGAUCUCUGAAAGAACUGGAUCUUGACUGGACUGCCUCACAAGAACUAGCCGAUUUCCUUAUGCGUGAGCACAGGGUGCCUUUCCGUGUUGGGCACCACUUUGCCUCAGAAACUGUCAGAUAUGCCAAGGCGGAAGACCUGUCCCCGAGCAACUUCCCUUAUGCGAAGGCAUCUAGGAUAUUCAAGGAAACCUUGAAGCACGCAGGCCUAGAAGAUGGGUCAUACCAGUUUCUGAGUGAGGCAGAAUUCCAAGAAGCGCUUGAUCCGGCCGGGAUCAUCAAGCAUAGAGCCACCUCGGGAGGCCCACAGCCCAAGGAAAUGGAGCGUAUGAUUAGCAAUUCGAAGCAGGCGCUACAGGAUCUGGAUAAUUGGAUCAAGGAGCGGCAAUCUCAUAUUGUGAGCUCCUUACAAGAAUUGAACGAAGCGUUUCAACUCUUGCUAGCGUAAGGUUUUAGACCCAAACCUGAUAGUGUAGGUCUUCACGUGCUAAAUCAUAGACCAUGACUUAUAAUAAAUCGAUAGUCUUGAUCAAAUAUGAUUACCUGAGGUCGUGAUUUUACAUGUCAAUAUCGGUCCCUGAAUGUGGGCACCAAGGUAUGACAUAAAAGUUGUGAUUAGAUGAAAGGCCUGGACUCUCCCAUACCAGAGCAGGUGUUGUCGUCUCAAUUGCAACGCAAAGCUCAGUAGACUCUGUUUUCCGGGUUUCGCCAUCGAAUCUCAACUUCGUGUUCAUGUCCUCGCUUAGAGUUAGUCGCAAACGUCAUUGAAGAGC